AUGCCUAAAGACAAGUACUCAGAUGAUAUCUCCACUGUGGGCACCAAUGAAUUUGCAAACUUGGAGGCUAUGCCCAAUCCCAUUCCCAGGGUUCCACCCAAUGUCCUACCUACAUCUGAACAAUCAAUAUGGAACAAUGCUGCCUUUGAUAACGGAGUUCUUAAAGAAUUUUCUCAGAGUGAGCCUUCUUGGAGUCCUUUGAAGCCCAUUUUGUCGAAUUCAACAGAGUCGUUCAUCUCGAAUUCUUCGAGCAAAGAGAAUGAAGGUCCUCUAUUUGAGAACCCUAUUUCUUCUAUUUCUUCUUCUCUCAGAUCUGUGGUGACACCCUUCAAGCCGGUAAAUUCUAAUGGGGCUCCGAAAAAUUCGAAAACUAGAGGAAUUUCAAAACAGGGUUUUGAAGAAAAGGUGGAUUUGAAGAGUUUUGAUGAGGAAAUUGAGGGGAUUGAGAUGGAAAUUAAAAGAUUGACUUCAAGAUUAGAGGCUUUGAAACUUGAAAAGUCUGAGAGAAGUGUAAAAACUGUGGAAAAGAGAGGAAGAGUAAUUCGGGCGAAGUUUAUGGAACUGAAACAGUGUGUUAAAAAUGAGGAAGAGAAGAAGGAGAUUGAACAAACUUCAUCAAUAUGA